AGCUAGGUACCUAGGUGAACGUAGACUAUAAAUUGACCGCAUCUUCUUUUCCUUUCAAUUCCUGAGCUUCUCUUUCGUACUUCACACUACGUCCAAUAUCUCCAAUUCCCAUCUCGAUCUCUUGACCUCACUUCACCUACUUCCAUCCACCAUCGUACACUCCAGCAACCAUGGCCGACUUCUUUGCGCCAGCUCCUGAGCCUGAGACAGAGCUCGGUCGGUACAGAAUCCUGUCUAGUACUGCCGGUGUCAGAGUAUCGCCAUUAUGUCUGGGUGCUAUGUCCAUUGGUGACGCAUGGUCUGGGUUCAUGGGUAGCAUGAACAAAGAGAAUUCGUUCAAGCUCCUGGAUGCGUUCUACGAGGCCGGCGGCAACUUCAUCGAUACUGCUAACAACUAUCAAGACGAGCAAUCAGAAAAAUGGCUUGGAGAAUGGAUGCAAGAAAAGAAAAACCGAGAUAUGAUUGUGAUCGCCACCAAAUUCACAACAUCUUAUCGCGGCUAUGAGCUGGGCAAAGGCAAGACAGUCAACUACUCCGGCAACCACAAGAAGAGCUUGCACCUUUCCGUCAACGACUCAUUGAAGAAGCUCCAGACCGACUACAUUGACCUUCUGUACCUUCACUGGUGGGACCACACCACCUCGAUCGAGGAAGUCAUGGACAGUCUCCACAUCCUAGUUCAGCAAGGCAAAGUGCUAUACCUCGGUAUUUCCGACACUCCAGCGUGGAUUGUCUCUGCGGCCAACACCUACGCCCGCGCCCACGGCAAGACCCCCUUCAGCGUGUACCAGGGCCGAUGGAACGUGAUGCUCCGCGACUUCGAACGCGAGAUCAUCCCCAUGGCCCGCACGUUCGGCAUGGCCCUUGCACCCUGGGACGUCAUCGGCGGCGGUAAAUUCCAGUCCAAGAAGCAAAUUGAGGAGCGCAAAAGCAAGGGCGAAGGUCUGAGAAGUCUGAUGGGCGGCGACCAGACCUCUCAGGAAGAGAAGAUCAGCGCGGCGCUGGAGAAAGUGGCCUCUGAGCACGGCGACGCCAGUCUCUCGGCCAUCGCGCUCGCCUACGUCAUGCAAAAGACCAUCAAUGUCUUCCCCAUCAUUGGAGGACGCAAGGUCGAACAUCUCAAGGACAACAUCAAGGCGCUCAGCAUCAAGUUGACGCCCCAGCAGAUCGAGUUUCUGGAGAGUCAGACCAACUUCGACGUCGGAUUCCCGAGUAACUUUGUCGGCGCGAGCCCUGCGCAGACCGGUGUGAGCUCACACCUGGUCAUGACCACGGCACAGAUCGCAUAUCCGUCCCCAGCGAAGACUUUUGUCAAGGAGUAGAAUAUGAAUUGGCUUAUGGGGAACCUGCUACUGCCGAUCAGGCGAGCGAGGAUCCGUCCUUCCACCAUGAAUACUGUCUACAUGGUUAGAUGCACAAAAAAGUCAGGAUCUCUGGUUCGAGCCUAAGGCGCGCCAUCCGGGCGUAUUGUCAGGGACAUCAGCCUUGCA